UUUGACGAGCAGCCGUUGUUCUGAAUACAAAGACACCGGAGUCCGACACAUUAUUUCCCUUUAGCUUUAUAUUAUAGAUUAUUCCUCUGCGGUAUAUACUCUGAACACUAAACGUUAAAACAGGCUAAUGCGUUUGACGGGUUUUGUUGGACAAAUAUCGGAGCGAAUUGAGGAAAAAUGUAGUGAAACUGCGCAGUCAUAGCUUAAUGGGAGGAGUGACCUGAACAGAUUAUGGCAGCUGACGACAAAGUUGCCAUCCUGACCGAUGAUGAGGAGGAGCAGAAGAGGAAGUAUGUGUUGGCUGAACCAUUUAACACCCUGUCAAUGGAGCAACAGGCAGGUGUGUCUCCAACACCGACCCCCGCCUCGGAAACACCCCCCGAGCAGCCUCCACCCUCACAGUCUGACCCCAUUGACUGCUGUGAGAGGAUGUGCCUCCGUAUCAACACACACCUCCUCGUCUCCAAAGUGUUUUACUUCUUUUUCUACGCCGCUUAUGGCUCGCUACACCCCCUGCUGGCCGUGUACUACAAGCAGCUUGGAAUGUCGGCCAGUCGUAGCGGGCUGCUCGUCGGCAUCCGCUACUUCAUCGAGUUCUGCAGCGCUCCCUUUUGGGGAGUGGUAGCUGACCGCUUUAAAAAGGGCAAGGCUGUGCUUCUGUUCUCCGUCUUCUGCUGGUUGGUGUUUAACUGUGGCAUUGGUUUCGUCAAACCGGCGGAGAUGAAAUGCGAAGAAAAGGGUGCUGUCCCAUUGACAACCGUGGCACCUGCAACGACGACUCACCCAUACAGUAAUUUCACAAACACAAGUAGUAACUUCACAAACCAUACCAGAGGUCGGCGCAGCUUACUAGGGUCAGUUGACCUUCAUACAUUCCUGGACUCCGACUUCACUUUACUCCACCGACAUGUGCGAAGGGCUGAUGCUAACUCAACCUCAGUUAACUCCACCUUGGUGCCCCACAAGCCAACAAACACCACCAAACUUACUCCAAAUACUACCACACAUAGCACCACAACCACCUCCCCUGCCCCAACAAAACCCAAGGUAUAUCAGAUCAUCUACAACAAGGAUCAGGUCGAAACCAACUUCUUGCUCAUCCUCCUCGUUAUCAUCGUUGGUGAGUUCUUCAGCGCCCCUGCCGUCACCAUCGUGGACACUGUGACACUUCAGUACCUUGGAAAAGCUCGCGACCGUUACGGCCUGCAGAGGAUGUGGGGGUCGUUGGGAUGGGGUCUAGCUAUGCUUUUGGUCGGCAUCUGGAUCGACCACACGCACAUCACGGUUGUAAUCGAUGGCCUGGGCUGCAUCCUGCCUUCCUACCGUCUACAUAACUACCAGAUUGCCUUCAUUGUCUUUGGUGUACUGAUGGGCUUAGCCUUCAUUGUGGCAACGCAGUUUUACUUUGAAAAAGGUGGAGACUACAUGCAGGAGCUUCCCGAGGGUUUGGUCGAACAGGGGGGUGGUGCACGAGGCUCACCUGAAUCUGGAUCAUCAGACCAGACGCCAACCAGCCCCGACGCUGCUCAGGUGUUCCACUACAGCGACCUGCUGAAGCUGCUGUGCAGUGUGCGCUACAGCUCUGUCCUGUUUGUGGCCUGGUUCAUGGGUUUUGGUUAUGGCUUUGUAUUCAGCUUCUUGUACUGGCACUUGGAGGACCUGAAAGGGACCACCACCCUGUUUGGAGUCUGUUCAGUUCUGAGCCACGUCUCGGAACUUGCAGCCUACUUCACCAGCCACAAGUUCAUUGAGCUUGUUGGACAUGUCAGGGUGCUUUAUAUCGGCCUGGCGUGCAACACGGCUCGAUACCUCUAUAUCUCCUACCUGAAGAACGCCUGGACAGUGCUUCCAAUGGAGGUCCUUCAAGGUGUGACUCACGCCUCCGUCUGGGCCGCCUGUAUCUCCUUCCUGAGUGCCGCCGUCCCACCUGCCCUGAGGACGUCAGCACAAGGCAUCCUGCAGGGCCUGCACCUGGGGCUGGGCCGCGGCUGUGGAGCCAUGGUGGGGGGUGUGUUCGUCAACUAUUUUGGUGCUGCAGAAACGUUCAGAGGGAUCGGCAUGGCCUCCCUCGUCAUCCUCCUCAUAUUUGCCUUCAUCCAGUUCUUGACUGGAGAAACUGAAGAUAAAGAGAACAAAAUGCUGGCAGAGAACAUUCCAGUCCCCUCCAGUCCAGUUCCCAUUGCCACCAUUGACCUGGUACCGAGUCAGACCACCACUGGUACCGCGACCCCAACCGCCGCCCUGCCCGUGAAGAAGACCAAACACCAGGAGGACCAGGAGGACGUGUCGAGGCCGGCCUGGGUGCUCUCCGGUGCCCCCUGGGUCACCAUCGCCUUCGCCAUCGUCCAAAUCAAGGAGAUGAUCAGCAUGGCGAAGAGUGGAGGACCGCCCCUCGAGACCCAGCCUCUACAGGUACCUAAUGGCAAUGAAACGACUGUGGAAGCAGCACAAAACGACCCCACUGACGACGGUACCCACUCAACACCCACUGACUGUAACAAGGACGGAGACCCAACACGACCGUCUACGAACCGAGAAGGACCUGGAGACAAUCCCUCCUUCACUGCCGACUGAAAACACACAGCACGACAGCUUUAACGCCUGUGUAUUACUGUUGUAACUGCAAAUAUAUCCGUUUAAUCUUCAACAUAAUCUUGAUACAGCGCUAGUUUUGGUGAGCUGGUUGCACUACGGUCUGACUGUAGGUGAUUUUUACAAAGGGUGGGAUCAGUUCAGGAUCUUGGAACUGUAUUUAUUAUUAUUAAGUUAUUGUUAAAAAAAACUAGCUGAGGGAGUUGGAAAAUGGGAAUGCUGCAUUUGUUGUAAUUUUCAGAGGGUUUUUUUUUAAAUUUGGAGCUAUAGUCAAAUCCAGUUGAGCUCAGAGCUUUGGGCUUCAUAUUAACUGCACUUGAACUGCUAAAGUGAAGGAGGAUCCAUCAUGAAGUAAAGAGCAUGCCUCUUGACAUGUCACAGUAGUGUAGAAAAGUUUUCAGACACCCUCAAAAUGUUACAGUUUUAUUACCUACAUUUUCAGGAAUUCACACAGAGCUGAAACUUUUACUGCGGUUUCUUAUAAAACAUAGUCACAGCAUAGAAAUCACAACAAUUUAACACCUGAACCACUAAAAAUAUCUUAUCAAAUGCCAGAUUUAACUGAGACGUUGCAUAAUAAGGUUGGUUUCAUUUACAGAUAUGGAAAAAAGUUUUCGUACACCUUUAAAAUUUUACACAAUCUCAAAUAAUCAUGAAAUAUUUGCGUGAAACUUUUUUUGUGUACGUUUCUAAAGGUGUGGUUGCAUCAGACAGACACAAACAAAUGCAAAGGAUUAUUUUUCUGUUUAUAUGAGGAAGAGGAUUGAACUGAAACUGUAAAUGCAGGUUAUUUUUGAAAAAGUGUUUGAAAAUUCAGAGUAUAAGACAAAUUAUUACAUGCGACGGACAUUAAAAACCAUUUAAUUGAACUUAUGGGUCAAAUACUGCAUUAUCAUACAGUAUAUACCAUUAAAACAAUUAUCCUCUGCUCAAAACAGGAAAGAAAACAAAUAUGCAAUCGAGUUUCUUUUGUUUAUUUUAACAAGAAAAAUAGCAAAACUAAAUAAUUGACAGUUUCAACAUGUCAGGUUCUGGAUGUGUUUCAUUAUCUGCUGAAACAUUCAAUUUUUCCCAUAUUUUUUUCCCUUUUAAAUACUAUAAAGCUCUAUUAUCAUCAAAUAUGGAGUUUUUCCAAAUUCAGAUAAGUUCAACAGGAUGUUUAAAAGUGAUGCUGCAGUUGUUUGUUUGGCAUAAAAACUCAAAAAUGUUCCGAAAAGGACAUUGUUGUACUGCUUCAUAUCAUAUAAACACCAGGAAUCUGUCCCUGUUACAUAUUACAUUAAGACAUGGCACCAUAUUUGAAGAUAAAACCACAUUGUAAUCAUUAACUGCCAUCAGAGAACAGCAUUCAGCAACGUCUAAAACUGACGACUUCAUGUCAGAUUCAACACAUGUAUGAAUAACGUGAAUACGACAGUGAUUCCUAAUGGGAAAUAUCACAAAUGCAUGGGGUGAAUGAAAACUUUUGUCCAACACUGAACGUAAAUACCUGAUGUGUUUAGAAACUGGUGAAAUCCAACUACAGUAGAACCACCCAGUACGAGUUAAAUUUGUUCCAUGAUUGUCAUCGUUUUGCUAUUUAUUCUUUUUACGGAACAGUUUUCCCCUUUGAAAUGAACUGAAAUAUAAUUUUUCCAUUUUAGCCCCAAAAACCACCUAAAUAUCCUAUUUAAUGGGUUUUUAAAACAGAAAACGUACAGUUAGGGAAAAAAUGCACUUAUAAAAACAUAAUGAUAAAUGAUAAAAUAGAAUGCAAAAGAAAUAAACUGGUUUUAUAAACUUAUUUAUCUCAAAGAUGAGACGACCAUUUGAUGUAAUUUACUCGUAAAGACGCUGCCUAGUGGUUAGUAUGAAGAUGCAGAUUUCCACUCGUAUUUCUUUUUUUUUUUUUUUUUCUAUAAUUAAAUUUUUAUUGACAUUCAGUAUCAGACAUUCACAUUCGGUACAUCAUAUGUACACAUAUCAUACAUCUGUUGUCUGCUCCAAAUGCCAAAAUAAUAUUUUAUGUUUUAUGUCUAACACUGAAAAGAAGGCAGGUAACCAAAUAAAAGGAGAGAAAAAAAGAAAAAACUAUGUACAAGUAGGGGGUGAUCUUUCCCAUACAACACAAUCAUUGAUUUAUGAAAACAAACACUGGUCUAUAGUGUGACAUAGCUGUCCCAGUUUUCCCAGUAUGAAGUGAAUUUCUCCGAUUUGUGAUUAACAAAUGCUAUAAACGUCCAUUGUGAUUCCUAUCCAUCCAUUUAAAGUUGGGCUCUCCUUUAAAAGCCUUUUCCUGGUGAUAGUCUUUUACAGGCCACCAGCAAAAUAUUCUUUAAAUGUUCGUCUCUUUUCGGCCAUUUUUCACUUGUGUUUCAAGAUGAAAAUACACACGAGCCGUAUCUUGUAAACUGAAUUACUCGUACAUUGGUUCUACUGUAGCAAAACACUGAGGUAUUUUUCCAGAUGUAACUUUAAUAACAUCCUGCAUCAUUUAAAAGUAGUGACUCCAGCUGAGUUCGCACCAUCAUCAUUUAUAACUCCAUCAUAUAAACUCCAUUCUAACAUUUGAAGGUAAAUUACAUGUUACUGUGAAAACAGGCUGUUUGCAUUAGUAACUACACUCCCUAUAAUCCAUGACAUCAUCUGACAUUUAUUAUACAUUUAUUUAUACUUGUGCUUUCAUUUUCCAACAGCAGAAAUGCAGAUGUUACUACUUGUUUCUGUGACACACUCAAAUCCCCGUAACAGAACACAUCAGUACAGACUUUACACUGUGUUCCAAGGAUUAACCAACUGAAGCUGACAUUAGAUGCUAAUAUUAUAGUGUUGACAACUUUCUAAUUAGCUGCUACUGCUUUGUACCAGUUUGUCAUCGGUAGGUGUUUGUUCUAACUUUACGUUGUCACCUGUCCAAUAUACGACCACAUGUAGUUAUAAUUAAUGGUUUCAUCACCAUUUCAUAUACAUGCAAGCCAAUAUUUACCCGAUUGUAGUGUUAAAUCAGGGGUGUUAAACAUAUUUUAGUUUAAUGUGAUCUAAAGUGGGUCAGACUAGUAAGAUAAUAACCUAUAAAUAAUGACAAAUCCAAAAGUUCUGUUAUGUUUAUAGGGAAAAAAG